GCAAAGCACGCAAAUUCACUCACAAAAAAAAUUUUUUUACGCAUUUAGGAAGUGCCUAUAAGAAUGUCGUUGGUACUGAUGACACCGCUGAAAGUUGCGUACAUUUGUUUGGCCUGGACAACAAUAAUACAACAAUCCCAAUCAUAUACGUCAAAUUCCAUAACACCGCCUAAGAAAGGGCGUCAAAAUAAUAUAUGUCGAAACCACACCGCUGGAGAAUUCGAUAGAAACCCUGAUGAUUGCCGGUCAUUCUACCUGUGUUUGGAAAAUGGACAGGCAGUGAUGGCGCCCUGCCCGCCGACUAUGCUUUUCAAUUCCGUCAGUAAACUUUGCGACACCGCCGAAAAUGUCAAUUGUAACAUUACUAUACCAAGUAGUGGCAGUAAUAACAAUAACAAUAAUAGUAAUAAUAACGGUAACACUGAUGAUGAUGACAACAGCGAAGCUUUAAGUGCUUCCCGAUAUUGUGCCUCACUGCAAACUAUGCAAAACCGCAUCGUUUUCGUUGGCAGCAAUAGUAAUUGCCAGCAAUACUUCAUAUGUUAUUAUGGGCAGGCGGUGUUGCAGGAAUGUAGUGCCAACCUACACUGGAAUAAAAAAAUUGAUAAGUGCGAUUUGCCCGAAAAAGCUGGUUGUGAGAUGUGGAACGGCGACGUCGGUAUCGGUCAAUACACAUCCGUAAACGAUAAUGGUGACCAUGCCAAUACUGUUGACGAGCUAUCAAAUGGAAGUGAAUAUGCUGCACAAUCCACAAGUGCUGAAUUAAUCAAUUGUCCAAUAUAUGGACAACAUGUAUUUCCGCAUAUGUCGCGUUAACCGAAAAUAUUUAAAUUCCUUGCAACCGUUUUUACGGUAACCACUUGGUGCGAGGGAUUUUUAAAUAGCACGAUG